UGGCCCAAAUUCAAUUAGUCAAGGUUCUUCGCUCUUGGUUGAAGAUUAACCACUUAUGCAAGAAAAGUUUUUUUUCUUCAUAGACAUUGAAAAGAUCCUAAGGUGGUGGAUAUUUAUAUAUCUACUUCCACCGCCCCUUUUCAAAGAAGUUGAGGAGAAAGGAGACACAAGCAGCAAGAGGGAAAAAGGGUUUGUGUCUCUUCGUAUAUUGAAGAAAAAGGCCUUUUAAGGGCCUCGAACCACAAAAAGUAGAAGAGUCAAAUGGAUUUAGAGAGCACUGGUCGGGUUUGGGAUGGGGUGUAUCACUACCCACAUCUGUUUGGUGGUAUAAUGCUUACUUGUGCGUUGCUUGGUUUCUCCACAAGCUACUUUGGCAUUCAGUCACUGCCUUACUUUUUACCUGACUUGAGGAUUUUUCAUAAGAAGUAUUAUGAGAAGAAACGCGUCCGUGUUUACAUGGAUGGAUGUUUUGAUCUGAUGCACUAUGGCCAUGCAAAUGCCCUGCGGCAAGCCAAAGCGUUGGGUGAUGAAUUGGUUGUCGGAGUAGUUAGUGAUGAAGAGAUCAUAGCCAACAAAGGCCCUCCUGUUUUAUCUAUGCAAGAGAGGCUGACCCUAGUUAGUGGGUUGAAGUGGGUGGAUGAAGUUAUUGCUAAUGCUCCCUAUGAAAUUACGGAGGAGUUUAUGCACCGUCUCUUCAACGAGCACAAUAUUGACUAUAUAAUACAUGGUGAUGAUCCCUGCCUUCUUCCUGAUGGAACUGAUGCUUAUGCUCUAGCAAAGAAAGCUGGCCGCUACAAGCAGAUCAAACGCACUGAAGGAGUAUCCAGCACAGAUAUUGUAGGAAGGAUACUUUCUUCUGAUAAGGAUAUUAAAGUCAAUAAAGAAUUCUCUGAAUCACCCCGCAGUGGCAAAUCUGAAAACUUGAAUGAUAGCCAGAGUACGGGAUCUCUAGCUAAGGGUGGCCAUGUAUCUCAUUUUCUACCGACAUCAAGACGAAUUGUCCAAUUUUCAAAUGGCAAGGGGCCUGGACCUAAUGCUCGUGUUGUGUACAUUGAUGGGGCAUUUGAUCUAUUUCAUGCCGGACAUGUGGAGAUUCUAAAGAGUGCCAGACAACUUGGAGAUUUUCUUUUAGUUGGUAUCUAUGCUGACCAUACUGUUAGUGAACUCAGAGGGACUCAAUUCCCACUUAUGAAUCUCCUUGAACGCAGUCUUAGUGUGCUUGCAUGCCGUUAUGUUGAUGAUGUUAUUAUUGGUGCACCUUGGGAAGUUACUAAGGAUGUGAUUGCAACUUUCAACAUAUCUCUGGUAGUGCACGGGACAACUUCUGAGAGCAGCUCUUUGCUUAACGGAACAUCUGAUCCCUAUGCAGUCCCCAAAAACAUGGGAAUAUUCCGAAUGAUUGAGAGCCCCAAAGAUAUUACCACUUCAUCUGUAGCCCGAAGGAUCAUUGCCAAUCACAAGAUUUACAAGAAACGAAAUGCAAAGAAGGAAGCAAGUGAGAAGAAAUAUUAUGCGGAGAAGAAAUACGUGAAUGGAGACUAGCAGCUUUAAGAUAUGACUUAUUUACCCAGGGAUUUUGAGUUGUAUACCCUCUUGUCGCCUCUAUGUGCAACUGAAAAAAGGAUUGAAACCCGUAAAUUUUGUUCCCAAAGAAUAGAUGGAGAAGGAAAAAGGCAAGAUAGAGAGGACAUAACCUAGGAUGUUAAUUUUAUGCACCUGUUCUUCCUGUAUUUGGCAAUAUUCUUUAUCAUUGGUUAUACAAGAUUACUUCGCCAUGUAUUAAAUUAUUUCCCUUAGGAAUCGUACAUGCACCUUAUGAUGCAUACUUUUGAAAUAAAUUGUGAUUUUUUUUUUUUUUUUUA